AUGGAGACGGACGAGAAGAACAUUGGGUCUUCCCACAUCAACAACGUCGACAGCAAUGAUGCUGCGAACAUCGUCCAGAUAGCUACCGAUGUAGAUGAUUCGAAGGAUUCGCCAUGGACGGCGUCUAUGUUCCGUCUGUACGGUGUUCUCAUGGUUGCAUAUCUCUGUGGUUGUCUUAACGGAUAUGAUGGCUCUCUCAUGGGAGCGGUCAACGCUAUGAAGCAGUAUCAAGAUUAUUUUGGAAUGUCUCAAGCCGGCUCUUCGACUGGUCUUGUUUUCGCACUCUACAACAUCGGAUCCAUUCCAGCUGUUUUCCUUACCGGUCCAGUUAAUGAUCGAUACGGUCGUCGCGCGGGAAUGGCAACAGGCGCCGUAAUUAUCAUCAUAGGAACGUGUAUUCAAGCUCCAUCUGUGAACAUGAAGAUGUUCAUGGCUGGAAGAUUUAUUCUUGGGUUUGGAGUUUCGUUCUGCUGUGUCUCAGCUCCUUGCUACGUUAGUGAGAUGGCACAUCCCAAAUGGCGUGGAACCAUUACUGGUCUUUACAACACUUGCUGGUACAUUGGUUCUAUUGCCGCAGCCUGGACUUGCUACGGAACUGCCUUCAUCAACAGCACAGCCGCAUUCCGUAUUCCAAUCUGGUGCCAACUUUGUUCCUCAGUAGUCGUAGCCGGCGGCGCAUUCUUCCUCCCCGAAUCCCCCCGCUGGCUCGUAGGCCAAGACCGCGCCGACGAAGCGCGCGCCGUCCUCGCCAAAUACCACGGCGAAGGCGACGAGAACCAUCCGAUGGUAAAACUCCAAAUGGCCGAAAUGCAAGGCCAAAUUACGCUCGACGGAUCUGACAAACGCUGGUGGGAUUACUCCGCCCUCUUCAACACUCCCAACGCCCGUUCUCGUAUGAUCUGUGUCCUUGGAAUGGCCUUCUUUGGACAAUUAUCCGGAAAUUCGAUCACGAGCUAUUAUCUUCCCAACAUCAUCAAAACAGCCGGAAUCGACGACCCACACACGCAACUCCGACUCAACGGCGUGAACCCCGUUCUCUGCUGGCUCGGCGCCGUAUUCGGCGCUCGCAUGACCGACAAAAUCGGACGACGACCUUUGCUUCUCUACUCCAUCAUCUUCGCGAGUGUCUGUUUCGCCAUCAUCACCGGGACAACGAAACUCGCCGUCGAGAACAAGAAUCUGCAUGCGAGUAACGCGGCGAUCACGUUUGUGUAUUUGUUCGGGAUCGUGUAUUCGUUUGGCUGGACGCCGUUGCAGAGUAUGUAUAUCGCGGAGACGUUGAACUCGGAACAACGUGCUAAGGGAACUGCUCUCGGCAACCUCGGUUCCUCCAUCGCAGGCACAAUAAUCCAAUACGGGUCUGGCCCCGCCUUUGAAAAGCUGACCUACUACUUCUACCUCGUCUUCGUCUUCUGGGACCUGAUCGAGGCCGUCGUGAUCUAUUUCUUCUUCGUCGAGACGAAGGACCGCACGUUGGAGGAGUUGGAUGAGGUGUUUAGCGCGCCGAACCCGGUGAAGAAGAGUUUGGAGAAGAGGAGUGUGCAGACGGUGGCGAAUACUGUGGGGGUGGGGUUGAAGGGAGAGUUGUAG